CUGAGGCAGAAAGGGCGGCCAGAGACGGCCAUCGGCCAAUGGCAGCAGCUUCCAAGCUCCGCCUCCGGCAACGUCUUCUAAAUACGUCUUUCCGCCCGCUUCCUUCUUUUCCUUCUUCGCCAUCCUUUCGUGCGCCGCUGGUCGUUUCUCGCCAUGUCUUCUCACAAGACUUUCAGGAUCAAGCGAUUCCUGGCCAAGAAACAAAAGCAGAAUCGUCCCAUUCCCCAGUGGAUUCGGAUGAAAACUGGUAAUAAAAUCAGAUACAACUCCAAGAGGCGGCAUUGGAGAAGAACGAAGCUGGGUCUGUAAGGGUUCGAACGUGAGAUGGCACACGUUUAUGCCGCCUGAAAGUCAUACGUUUCUAUUCCAUCACCUCCCUGCUGCCUGACCAGUAGAUCUGUUUUAUCAGGAAAUUGACUUUUCUCUGUUACGAUGCUUCUUCUGCUCCUGUAGGUUGGUUCAGUAAUAAACAUGUGAGACCUUUUGGUUGAA